AUGGGUAAUUUUCUUCAAAUUCUCUCAUGGUAUGAGAAAAAGUGUGAUAAAAUUUGUGAUUAUGUACUGGAACAGGAUCCUCAAAAUGAUCAAAUGACUUCUCCAAUGAUUCAGAAAGAUACUGUGAGUGCUUGUAAGAUAGAAACAAUUAAAGCUAGUCUUGAGGAAUUAAAUGGUGACUACUUUGCCUUACUAGUUGAUGAGUCUUUUGAUGUGUCACGCAAGGAGAAAAUGACCAUUGUCUUACGAUAUAUUGAUAAAAAUGGAUUUGUGAUAGAGCGAAUUCUUGACAUUGUUCAUGUUCAAGAUACUAGAGCUUUGUCUCUAAAGAGGGCAAUUGUUAAUUUACUUGCUCAACAUUCCUUCAGUCUAUCAUAUGUGCAUGGAAAAUGUUACGACGGAGCAAGCAAUAUGCAAGGUGAGAUCAAUGGCCUUAAAAUGUUGAUUAGGCAAGAAAGUAGAUCGGCCCAUUCCAUUCAUUGUUUUGCUCAUCAACUUCAACUAACUCUUGUUGCGGUCUCAAAAAAAUAUAUUGAAGUAGGAAAACUUGUAGUAUUGGUUUCAAAUAUUUUGAAUGUAUUGGAAUCUUCUUUUAAGCGUAUGGAUGAGUUUCAAGAUUCUCAAAAAGAAAGAAUUCAAGAGGCAUUAGAUUUGGGUAAGCUCACAACCGGUAGGGGCUUGAAUCAAGAACUUGGUCUUUCAAGAGCUUGUGAUACUCGUUGGGGAUCUCAUUUUAAAUCUUUUAAUGAUUUUAUUCUUAUGUUUGGCUCUAUUCUUAAUGUUCUUGAAUCACUCGUUCUUGAUGCACGACUAUUGGAUGAAAGAGCCAAGGCAAUGGGAUAUCUCAAAGCUUGUCGAACAUAUGAGGUUGUGUUCAUGUUGCAUUUGAUGAGUGAUGUUUUAGGAAUAACAAAUGAGCUUAAUAAAUGCUUACAAAAAAAAGGAGCAAGAUUUGGCAAAUGCCAUGCUACUUGUUGA